UUCAGAAUGACACAAAGUGCUGGGAGGAUUUCGCUGUAUUUGAGCGCUCCAGAUCGUCCGUCCCGUCUCACACGAUGCUGAACAUGUAAAGAUCCGGACUGAGGGGUCGCCCUCCAGGGCCGUCGUCUCUCUUCAUCUGGGAUCAUGUUCUAGAGUCGACCCUGCGCAGCAACCAUGAAAGGCUUAGGGGCCAACCGUGGCCGCCAUCUGUCAGAGACCUGCGACCCCAGCGCGGGCCCCCAGGAGCCCCUGUGUCCAUUGGCCCCGGACCCCCACGCCACCUUCCUCCUGAGCCCCACUGUCAACCACUACGCCACUCUUGAUCCUCACCUCCAUCAUUUUCCUGUGUCCACCCCGACGACGCUGCAGUCGGACUAUCUCCUGCCCCUAAACAACCAGCUGAGCACCAGCAGCACCUUCCCUCGCCUCCACUACACCACCCAGCAGGAGCAGAGCGACUACACACAGGCUUGUGUGGCUCAGACUGGCAGUCACUCGGGCACGCUCACGUCCUCCAUGUCCAUGGGCAUGGGUUUGGGUCUGGGACUGGGUGCUCCAGCUAUGAUCAGCAGCGGCACAGCCACCAUCUCAUCCGCGGCGGCCGCCAAGAUGAACCGGCUCCCGGCCAACCUGCUGGACCAGCUGGAGCGCCACCUACCCCUGCAGCGGGACGGCUUCAGCACGCUGCAGUUCCACCGGCGCAGCCGCGGCUCCAAGCAGCGCAGCGAGAGUCCCAGCCGCAUCCGCAACCUGGUGCAGUCCGUCCAGAAGCUGUUCGCCAAGUCCCAGUCCAUGGAGGUGUCUGCGGUCAAAGGGAGCAUCACCGCGGGUCCAGCCGGAGACGCGGCUAAAGCGGCCCGCCGCAGCAAAAGCAAAGACCGCGCCAAGACCGAAGGAACCAAACGCCGUCCGCGACCCAAUCUCUCAGGCUUCUGGAGCUCAGAUGACGGUUUGGAGGACGAGGCGCCGGCUCAACCCGCUGCCGGGCCGUUAGCAGUGGCUUAUCGAAACCCUCUCAGCAUGAUGACACUCGGUCGGGCCGUGUCGGACAGUCAGGCGGCUCCCAGAACACAUCCGCAGGGCUACAACACCAUCGCAGCGCAUACACUCAAAUCCUCCAAGAGCAGUGGAGAUCUCAAGCCCACCGUCAGCCUGCCGCCCUCCACGGGACAGACGGGGGAACACUCGCUGGUCAAGAGGGGCUCGUGGUCCACGCUGACCCUCUGUCAGGCUCGACAGGUGCUCCAGAAGGGAUCCGCCACCGUCAACCGCACCCUGCUCAAGUCCAAGUCCUGCCACGGCCAGGAGAUGACCUGCAACUUCCUCCAGGUGCCUGCGGGUGACUGGAGCGGGACGACGGGUAAGGGAGGCGGUGGUGUGGGGGAUAUCCCGUGCAGACGGAUGCGCAGCGGCAGUUAUGUUAAAGCCAUGGGAGACAUGGAGGACAGCGAGGACUCGGACGGACCCCCUUCACCCAAACCCUCGCCCAAAACCGCCGCCAGACGCCAGAGUUACCUGAAGGCCACACAGCACUCGCUCAGUGAACAGCAGCCGCCACUGCUACCCCCUCGCAGGCCGAGCCCAUGUCCCUUCAUGCAGAAGCAGUUUGGCGUGGCUUGGUCUCCUCUGCAGAGCACCACCUCAGUGCCACACCUGCACAGCUGUAUGCCGUCUCUAUGCGAGGUCUCCACCAAUCGCAGCCUGGACAACCUGGAGUGUCUGAUGGGAGCCAAUGAGGCGGCUCUGCAGCACUGGGACGCUGAUGGGGGCUUCGGUCAGCGCUGCUCCACACUGGGACGAGGCUCCACCAUGGGACAGGUGGAGCAGGGCUACCGGAGCGGCUCGGCGUACGGUCAGCUGGACUCUCAGGCGCUGGAGGCCUUGGAUCUGCCCACACCCAGCUGCUUCCGCUCGCGGAGCCACAGUUACCUGCGCGCCAUCCAGGCCGGCUGCUCUCAAGACGACGACACGGGCUCCGCAGACUCCGACGAGACGCCCCCCAUAACCUCAUCCAUCAGCAGCUACAGCAGCGCCACCGUCUCCACGUGUACGGCCGUCUAUAAGAAGAAUCCUCCGCCUAUUCCUCCUCGAACCACCUCCAAACCCUACAUCGCGGUGACGGUCCAGAGCAGCACCGAAUCGGCCCAGGACACGUACCUGGACAGCCAGGACCAGCGCAGCGAGGUCAACAGCCAAUCAGGACGCAGCAACUCCUCCGACAGCAUCGCCAGCUCUCGGACGGGGAGUCUGGUCAAGGCCAAGCGGCCACCCAUCCUGCCCCCAAUCCCCGCCCCGCGGGAACCCGUGCCCCUACCCAGCGCCAGAGUGACCACGCCCCCUCCCACCAUAGUCCCGCCCUCUCCCGCCCCAGACGCCAAAAACCAGCCAGCGAGCCUCACAGUGGCACUCAGCGAACCGCAAGCCCCGCCCAAAAGAAAGCUCUCCUCCAUUGGCAUUCAGGUGGACUGUGUGCAGCCGAUUCUGAGAGAGGAGCAAACUCCCACCACCAGGUUCCAGUCCAUCGGGGUUCAGGUUGAAGACGGCAGGCCACUCAGUCGCUACACUAGCAUGGCGUCUAGACAGGAGACGACGGAGGCCGAAUCUCAGUCCGACGGUAAACCCUCGCAGAACAAGACGCCCCACCAGAGUCUGGACUGCGGCAGCGUUCUCAAACCCUCGCUGCAGGAGAAGCUGGACCCAGCGCUGGACCCGUCCUCCCUCCCGCCGCCCGACCCGUCUCUGCAGGCUGGGAGCAUGAACGGGGCCGUGGAGCAGCCUGGGGGUGCGGCGUGCCUCAGGGACGGGUGCUGGUUCCAGAAACUUCUUCAGGCCGAGGCCGAACGCAUGGAGGCCUGGUGUCAGCAGAUGGAGCAGGAGACCAAAGACAAACCGCUGUCAGAGGAGGUUUUGGGGAAGGUGCGCAGUGCCGUAGGAUGCGCUCAGCUCUUGAUGUCUCAGAAGUUCAAGCAGUUUCAGGGUCUCUGUGAGCAGAACCUGGAUGCGAGUGCUCAGCCGCGGCCCACAGCGCAGGAUCUGGCCGGGUUCUGGGAUCUGCUGCAGCUCUCCAUCGAGGACAUCAGCAUGAAGUUUGACGAGCUGCACCUCCUCAAGUCCAACGACUGGAAGAUGUGCGAGACUCAGGACAAAAAGGAGGAGAAGAAGUCGGCUCCGUCCCACACACCAAAGAAGACGGUGAAGGUCAAACCCAGCGGAGGAAAGGAGAAGAGCAGCGACUCGCUGGCCGACAAACAGCGUCAGGAGGCCAGGAAGAGACUGAUGGCGGCCAAGCGAGCGGUUUCUGAACGACAGAACUCUGCCACCGAGAGCGCCGAGAGCAUCGAGAUCUACGUCCCCGAGGCUCAGACGCGACUCUAACUAACCCCAAAAUAACAAACUCCUGACGAGGACACGCGCACCGGGGGGUCGGAAACCACACGAGCAGAAAAAACAUGAAAUCUGAAGAGCAAAAAAAAAACGGAAUUGGAACGCUGCCACAGAAGAACCUCCCCUCGACGCUAAAAUUCUAAAUGACGAUGAUUCUAAAUGUUCUAAAAGUUAAUUAUCUCAUGGAACUAUAUCAAGACUCUGUGUGUAAAUUGUGCUAAUAUCUCUGAUGAUCUCAGACCCUUUACCCGCUUCUCACGUCACAUGACCCACAGCAUGCACUCAGGACCCCGCACCCGUGCACUUGUCUUCCUGCUCUCUGUUCAGUUCCCUUUCCCACCAAGGUUUUGGACGUUCGCGCUCCAAUGGAAAUGUUUGGAUGGCCGUGGGAAGCCUCCACUCGUUGUGUUUGAUUCACUCCAGUAAAGUUGAACACAGAAACACGUCCAGCUUGGUUUGUUUUCACGUAAAAGCGCUCGGAGCACCACCCGGUCUCUGCUUAUUUAAUAGGGUUCAAACAUGACCACUCCACUUUGUUUUUAUGAUGAAUGUUUUAAAAACUCAACAACAAUGUCCAGAUUUUUACUUGGGCCAAGUCUGUUUUGUAAUAUUAUUAUAAUUUCAGUGUGUUUUUGUUGUCCAGUCAUUCCAUGUGUUUCCAGCACACGGUCUCCGUGUGUGUGACCAAUCAGAGCCCGUCAUUUGUGAUCGAAGAUGUUUUUUUUCUUUUGUCCGAUAUUAAAAACUUCCGUCACCCAGGUCUUGCUGA